AACUCCAUAGCAACUGGCAACAAAGCGUUAGUGUUGCCAUCGGCAAGUAAGAGGAAUCAAUGUUUUAAGCACAUGCUUUCUUUUUAAGGAUACAUCUAGAAAAAUUGUAGUUAACGAUGGCUUCAGCUACGCUUCAGAGCCGGGAGAUUCCACCGGAGAGGCCUGCACCGAUGGCAGAAACGUCAGGAGGCUCGAGAAAUGAAAAUAUGGAAAUCACUUACACUGGUAACACAGGAAAUGACAUGGGGAUUUCAACCAUGGGGUACAGAUCAUCUAAAUACAAUCCCCCUGAAUGGCAUGAAAAUAAUUACUCCAAAUACUAUCAGUCUUUUGUUGAUCGUGACAAUGGUGAAAGAAUUCGACACGAAUCAAAGAGAACCAUUAAUGAAGCAGAGGCGACAACCAACAAAACACAGGCUGAGGUUACAAAGAAGCUUGGAGAGCGAAUUCAGGACAUUAAUUUCUGGAAAUUUGAAUUAGAACGUGAAAUAAGAGAUGUCAUUGAUGAAACUGAUCUUUUGCUAGCACAGAAGAAACGACUAGAAAAUGGUCUUCGUGCAACAGAAAUCCCACUUCACAUUGCUACUGAUAACCUGAACUGCAGACAGAGAAGAGAGAACAUUGACCUUGUACAAGAUGAUGUAGAACUGUCCUUGUUAAAGGAGGUAGAAAUCAUCAACAAUGUUCAAGAUCUUCUCAAAAAGACAAUAGAUCAAGCAGAAAAACAGAUCAAGUUGAACCGAGAUGCCAAGCAGAACCUGGAGAUGGAUUGGAGUGACAAGAAGGAAGCCCUGGAAAUUGAUACUGCUUCUGGUGCUCUCAAAAACCAGCACACCAACAAACAGUUCUACCCUGGUGCUGCCAAGUUCCAGGAAAUUCAGUCAACACCAGAAUCCUGGGCCCAGUUUUCUCAUGACAACAUUGUGCGGGGGGAACACGAGCGCAUGGCCUCCAUGCAGCUACGUCAGCUGAUAGACAACAUCUUGGAAGACACAUCACGUGACAUGCGUGAACAGUGUGACUCUGUUGAUGUUGCCUUCCAGAAGCGCGUCGUGGAGAUGGAAGAUGCAAAGGCAAAGAUGGAGGAGAACCUCAAGAAGGUGUGUGAGGAGAUCACACAGAUGGAGAAGAACAUCAGCUCGCUGAAGCAAGCGAUCCGUGACAAGGAGAACCCAAUGAAGGUUUCCCAGACACGCCUUGAGAACAGGACAUUCAGGCCCGGUGUCGAGCUCUGCAGAGACCCCGUGCAAUACAAGCUGGUGGGUGAAGUUAAUGAGAUCCACUCGUCCAUUGAUGCCCUCACAGACAAGCUGAACCAGGCCAACAACUCCCUGAAGGACCUUCAGGACAACCGCAUGGGGCUCGAGAAGGAGAUCUCCAUAAAAAAGAACAGCCUGUUCAUCGACCGCGACAAGUGCAUGACCGUUCGCACCCGCUACCCUACCAGCCUCAAACUGCAGGGAUACCAGUAGCCAUGCGGUCCAAAUGUCUGACUAUACUAAUAAAUUGUGGAAACAUUAUUAGCCGAAGAAAAAUUGUCCGUAUAAACUGUCACCAUGAAGUUAACUUAAUCUUUCUUUCAAAUAAAAUAUCAAAAUGUAUUCUUUAUAAUUUGUGUUAUGUUAUAUGCUUCAAAGUUAUAUUUUAUGUGCAUUUUAUGGUGCAUUUUUAUGCAUGUAACCCAUGGAUUCAUGUGAAAAAAGUACCAUUAUUUCAGACAUUUAUUUGUUUGUUUGCAGGUCUUUUGCUUCUAAAGUUUGGCACUGCCAUUUUAUACCAUUAAAGUGUAUUUUUUACCAAAACAAAAUGUUUAUACAUUACACUUAAUACAACUUAGAACUUUUUAAACAGAUUAUUGUAACUUUUCUGAUUUCAUAAUACUUAAAGAAGCACUGGUGGCAAUGUGAAAAAUGGUGGUUUGUUUUUAUAGCAUAAUUUUGAACUUUAGCGUGCAAGUUAUAUCAGUAUUAUGAACCAUGUUGCUUGCUUUUUAGCCUGUAUGUUGUCCUGUUUCUGGCCCUCCUGUUUUAUAGACUUGUUUUCACCCUUGUUUCGUUGAAAGAGUGGUAGCACGCUCAUUUUUUUGCACCUGACUGUGAUAGUAGUUUAAACAAAAGUAUUUUGUUGCAUUUUAUCUUUUCAUUGAUCAACCGUAUGUGAUAUAAGCUUAUAAAUGGUUAUUCAUAAAAACCUUUCACAGAUUUGAUGUCAUCAAAAUAUAUUAAGCCAUAGAAGAGGCAUUGUGGUUGAUUGCAUAGGUAUAUACUUUAAAGGGUCCUGUGCAUAUCAUGUGCAGGAUCUCUUAUAACUUCAUACUAUUUCGUGUCUCCAUUUUUUAUAGUCAAAUGUUAUGUUUCUGUGUUGAGAAUUUAACUUUUCCAAGUGUAAAUAAAAUGGUGUACCAUCA